AAAUCAUCUGCACUCCUUCCGCACGGGGUGCGGAUGCGGUUUGAAGCGCGUGGCCGCGCCUAUCAGGCUCCCGUCGCAGGUCCGUGCGCGAGACGCUGAUGACGUGCUUCUCCUGGCGCUGGCUACGGAAGCCGAGCAGGGCGAACGGGCGGUAACGCGGCGGCGGCGGCGCUUGUGGGUCUCCACCCGAGAGCAUGGCGGCCGCGGAUGUGUCGGUGCGCGGAAGAAGAGGCGAAAUGAAAACACAGAUGAGACACUGUUUUCUCUAAAACUGCGAACACUCGACUGCUUCAAAGACAAUCUCGUUUUUUCGUUUUUUUUUUUUUUUUAAUUUUGCAGCUCUGAGAUUCCGGGUGAAGCUUUGUUAGCUUAGCCAGUACCGCAGCUAAUGUAACUCUGCGCAGGAGUAGCGCCGUUUUUCCCCCCACACUCGGAUGAUUUAGGACCGUGAGCUCAGCAAAUGAAAGAGCCCGAGCUGUCUAACGCAAAGACGCAGGAAACCGUGCAGCAGCAGACUGGCUUGCGGUAAAAGUGGACCGCGAUAAUGCGCCGCUUCGUCUCCGUGUCGUUGUUCGGGCUCCGCGCCUUUGUGCGCCGCUUGUUUACUUCGUUUAGCUAAAAGCGAGCAGGGCGCUCAGGAGCAGCAUGGGACCCGCUCCGUCACUGGCACUGUAGCUAAAACCCAGCUUUGCCUUUUAUUACUUGUUUUAAAUGACGAGUCCCGGGUGCUAGUGCGCGUUUCUCUGGUUUAUCCCCCCCUCCUCCUUUCCUUGCCUUCUUUAACGCUCCGUUCAGAGCUAUGCGCGAGUACAAGGUGGUGGUGCUGGGCAGCGGCGGCGUGGGCAAGUCCGCCCUCACCGUGCAGUUCGUCACCGGCACGUUCAUCGAGAAGUACGACCCGACCAUCGAGGACUUCUACCGCAAGGAGAUAGAAGUGGACUCGUCGCCGUCGGUGCUCGAGAUCCUGGACACGGCCGGCACGGAACAGUUCGCCUCCAUGCGCGACCUGUACAUCAAGAACGGCCAGGGCUUCAUCCUGGUCUACAGCCUGGUGAACCAGCAGAGCUUCCAGGACAUCAAGCCCAUGCGGGACCAAAUCAUCCGCGUGAAAAGGUAUGAGAAGGUGCCGGUGAUCCUGGUGGGAAAUAAGGUGGAUCUGGAGAGUGAGCGGGAGGUGUCAGUGAAUGAGGGUCAGGCUUUAGCAGAGGAAUGGGGCUGCCCCUUUAUCGAGACCUCAGCCAAGAGCAAGACCAUGGUGGAUGAACUGUUUGCCGAAAUCGUCCGACAAAUGGACUACGCAGCGCAGCCAGACAAAGACGAUCCCUGCUGCUCUUCCUGCAAUAUACAAUAACCCUCCAUCAUGAGGGCUCGUGCAAACACUCGCACACAUGCACACAUGCAUACACAUACACACUGCACAAACAUGCAGGCACAGUCAUAUACAUUUACAAAAAAGACUCAAACAUUUCAGUAGGUGUUUUUUCUGGUGCAUCGGUUUUCUCAUAGUGUAAUUCAUUCUGGCGUAUAAAUGUCCGAAUGAGAUGUUUUUUGUCACUUUACCUGACUGACUCACAAAAAAAGUGCACUGGCUUUAUGAGUAAGUGCCCAGUUUCUUGAUGGAGUAGGGGGCUACGCCACUCCUGGGGUUUGUUAACACUAUUUAGCCAUUUUUUUUAUUCUUAAAUUGUUUUCUGUUGACUUGACCCAUUUUGAUUAAUUAUAUGUUUCUAAUCAUGUAACUUAGACAAAGCUCUAAUAGCCAAGGGGUCGACAUCCACAACCUCAACAUUGAACUUUAAUAAAAAAAUGAAUAGAGGUAGCGAAAGAUAGGAUGAAACACCUACUCAAACACUACCAAAAAUACAUUUUAAACUAUACCUUUCCCUCCUUUGGUCUUAGUUAUUCUGAAGGAUGGCUCUGUGAACAAUUGUUUUUUUUUUUUCCUUCAACAUCAGUGUGAUGAUGUGUAUCAGUUGUGUGUGUGUGUUCUUUUUCUGGGAGAUGAUGACGGGACUCUUGCCACAGAAAAUCCUUUGAGUUUCUGUGGAGUUUUCAUCAUCCAGCAUUUCAAUUUUGCUUCUGAGUUGGGUUAAACAUUCUUCACAUCGUGCCAUCAAACUCCACUCUAGUGCUAGCGUUUCACAAAAAAAGGUGCACAGGGAGAAAACCAAUUUCAAACCGUAAUGAAAAUAAUGCGUAGUAGUGGUGGGUGAUGGUGAUGAUGCUGGUGGUCUAAAUACAAAUGUGGACUUUGCCAGUUCCACUCCGGCUCCUCCUUCCUUUGGCCUGUGUGCAUGGCCUGAAGACUGAACCGCUUGAAGCUGAUUUAAAGAGUUUGAGCCAAAACGACGAUCACUCCGGUCAGACCAGAGCAGCGAGGUGCUGUGUAUUCAUUGUUGAUUUUAUAUUUUUUUAUGUGAACAUUUACUCUCUCCUUCCUGAAUGAAUGGUGACACUCUUUCAUUUGGCACCUCAAUAAAGUGUGUUCAACACA